AUGGUGACACCCACGAGAGUCACUCUUCACGGACCCGAGAUGGAGCCACUCAACCGCAUUCUUCGCAAACACCGAAACCACUCAGACUACUUCAUGAGAGUGCAGUUCUGUGACGAGGACGGCACCGACCUCUGGUUCAAUCCAAGGGUCAAUUACGAAGAUGUUUUCGAGCGCUACAAGAAUGUACUGAACAAAGGAAUUCAGGUUGCUGGACGAAUCUACCAGUUCCUCGGCUUCUCACACUCUUCUCUCCGAUCACACGCAGCUUGGUUCAUGGCCCCUUUCGUCGACGACAGCGGAGAAAUGCAGCUCUACAGACACAUCAUCAAGUCCCUCGGUGAUUUCGAACACAUUCAAAUUCCGGCCAAGUGCGCCGCUAGGAUUGGGCAGACCUUUUCUGAGACACCUGCCUUCAUCUCUCUCACUGAUAGCGACAUCAGCGCCUGGAAUAUUCCCGACAUUAAGUCUUCCAUUGGGGGCGACGACCGCGUCUUCAGCGACGGGGUGGGCACCAUUUCCAGGGAAGCCCUCGAACUGAUCUGGCCCCGUCUGCCGAGGGGCUCUCUCAUCCCUACCUGCCUUCAAAUUCGGUGGGGAGGCGUAAAAGGGAUGCUAUCGCUUGAUACGCGUCUUCCAGGCCGUGUCAUGUGUAUCAGGAGAGAGUCCAUGGAGAAAUUUCCAAGUCAGGACACCGAGAACCUCGAGAUUUGCGGCGGAGCAUCCAAGCCACUGAAGCUAGUCCUCAAUCGUCAGAUGAUUAAGAUCUUGGAAGACUUGGGAGUGCGCAACGACUUCUUCCUUCGGUUACAAAAGACAGAACUAGAUCGACUUCGAGCUGUCACGGCGGACGCCUACAACACCGGAACUUUCUUGCAUAUGCAAGGCAUCGGACUAAACUGCUUCCUACCAUCCUUUAUCAAGAGUCUUGAUAAAUACGGCAUCGAUUAUCGACGAGAUGACUUCCUGCGGACAGUAGUCCAGAAUGUCGUGCUUCAAGAACUGCGGUUACUCAAACACAAAGCCAGAAUCCCUGUCCCAAAAGGCGUGACUGUCUUCGGAGGCAUGGAUGAGACCGGUUUCUUGAGAGAAGGGGAGGUGUACAUCGCUUACGAUACAUACCGACGACCUGGCAGGACUUCCAUUGAUGGAUCGUUGAGAGACGGUCCUGUACUCGUCACAAGAUCUCCAGCUUUGCAUCCCGGCGACAUCCAGCUGGUCAAGAUGCGGACGCCGCCCGCAGGGCACCCGCUACGAAACUUGCGCAAUUGCAUAGCUUUCAGUCAGUUCGGCAGGCGAGACUUGCCCAGCCAAUUGAGUGGUGGCGAUCUAGAUGGAGACCUUUACAACAUUAUCUGGGAUCGAGACGCCAUGCCAAAGGUCACAUACAAAGCUGCCGACUACCCGCGAGUGACUCCGGCGGCUCUCGGCAAGACGGUGGAGAGAAAAGACAUGGCCAACUGUUUUGUCGAUUUCAUGCAGUCAGACUGUUUGGGCCUGAUCGCGACGAGACAUCUGGUCGUGUCUGAUCAAGAUCCAAAUGGCACGCUAGGCAACGACUGCUUGACGCUCGCUGGGCUGCACUCGACAGCCGUCGACUUUUCCAAGACCGGUAUUCCCGUCGACACGAAAGAGAUCCCCAAGGCUCCCAGAUUCCGCCCCGACUUUCUGGCGCCUGCUCCACCCGCACAUAUUUUUGACCGAAACGAGAUCGAGUUCAUCGGUAAGAAUGAAACCCUGGAAGAGGACGACGAAGACAUGCUGCCGCCGCAUCAAUACUACAAGUCAGAGAAGAUCCUUGGCAUUCUCUACCGCAACGUCGAUGAGAAGCAUAUCUGGACCGAGGAUAUCCAGCGAGUUGUGACCAGAGCUGGUCCUUCGGUCUGGGAUCAGUUUGUCGGGCUGAUUGAACGAAAAAUAUACGAUUAUACUGGUGGAAGAGUAACGUGGAGAAUAAGGCAAGCCGAGGCCAAGAGGCUUCGUGAUGCUAUGAGCACGUACUCGGACAAUCACGUGAAACGAAUGACUGAGAUUGAGGUCUUUUGCGGGUCCAUCUUCAACAAGGCUGGUGCCCAAACGAGGCGCCAGAAAGACAACUCCAAAAAGCUCAAGGCCGAGUUCGACCGUCUCUCGGAGUGGCUCGUGGGUCAAAUGCGACGCAAGCUCCGGACCGUGGAUCAGGAAGCCUCCUCGAUCUACAACAGCAGCAGUAGCAACCAGUACUCCUUUCUGUCGGACGAUCCCGUCACGCGCAUGCUCGCGCCAAACAGGGAGGCUUUGGAGAUGUCAUAUUCCUGCCUGAUGGUGGGCCUGAUGCCCAACGAGGGUUUCGAGCUCGAGGACGGGAAGCAACUGCAGAGCUUCAAGGUGAUCGCGGCAAGUGUUCUGCUCAAGGAGCUUACGGAGCUGGUCAACCGUAUAAGAGGAGGAAGAAUGGUUGUCCCAGGCAAUGGCUAUGAGGGUGUGGGCGGCGGAUUUGUUGGAGUCAGCUCCGGGCCGGCGAUGUCGUACGCUUACAACGGGUUCGAUGUGGAUGUUGGACAAUAUCCCAAUUACGGAUAUAGCGAGUAUCUUUGA